CACACACACAGGCACUGGCUCGCAGUAAUGGGAGGAAGUCGUAUUGUGAGCCAUGGAGCCUGUCGUUUCACUGGGGGGAGGAUUUUUAGUAAAGGAGCAGCCUCUCCACAAAUUGGUGUAACAAGCCAGACAGAGGCUGGCGCAAACUUGCCACUGAACAUCACAGCCAACUCUUGAUUGUGUAAUUGAGGAACAGCUCAUAACGUCAUGAAUAUUUUCCUUUUGCAUGACUAACUUCAGGGGGAAACCAGUGUUGCUGAGUGCUGCUUGCUCCAGCGCUGCCUGCUCACAAGACACACAGCGUCCAGCUGUUCAGUAAGGAUCCUUCUUCUGUGUGGGUGCUCAGUCCUUGGGAGAAGAGGGCAUUGAAGGUAAGAAUGGAAGGAUCCCAGCACAAUGGUUCCUCCCCUCGUAUCUUUGAUAUACCAGCCAAAAUAAUGGAUGACUUCUGUCGCUGUAUGGACUGUCUGAGUGACUGGGAAUGGAUGCGCUUUGCAUCUUCUGUGAUCGAUGACCAAACGGUUCUGCGGAGAAUCCGAUCGUAUGAGAAGACAGGGGUGAGUGUAACCCGGGAGCUUAUGUGGUCUUGGGGACAAAAACUGCCGACUCUGCAGAAACUGGUUGAACGCCUCCAGAAGCUGGAAAUGUACAGAGCCUUGGGGAUUCUACAGCAAUGGUCUCCACUGUCAGUAAUAGCCUCUAAAGUACCAGAGAGAAGAAAAGCUGAAAAGGAGUCUGAUUUGAAGACAGAUAAUAAGCUGCCAGAACUUACAUAUACUUCACCAUUAGAACUUCCCACUCCCCCACUGCCUGCCCCACCUCCUCCUCCAUCAGAUCUGUUGCACUCACUGUCCAUCCAAUCAGAAUGUAGUCUGACAUGCCAUUCUCCUGAGGAGGUUCUUAGUAUCCCGCAGCAAGAGAAAAGUUCCUUUUCAAAAGGGUUGUGUAAAAUAUGGACGCAGAAGGACGUGGAGGAUGCCACUGACUGUUUCUGCAGCAGCAAAAUCAUACACGAAGGAGAAUUUGCCGACGUUUACAUGGGACACAAACAAGACAAACUAUAUGCAAUAAAAAGGCUUAAAAAGGUACAGGAUGAAGAGCAAAAAAGGAUGUCUUCAUUUUUCCACACAGAGGCUCAAAUCAGUUUCCGGUGCUGUCAUGCAAAUAUUCUGCCGUUGCUUGGUUUCUGUGUAGAGGGUGAUUGUUCCUGCCUUAUAAACCAGUUCAUCAGGAAUGGAUCUUUAGAUCUGGCAUUACAACAGAGUGGGAAUCAUAUCCUGAACUGGGAAAGAAGGCUGAAGAUCGCUUUGGGAUUCCUAAAAGCCAUUCGGCACUUGCACAGUAAUGAUAUACUUCACGGAAACAUUAAGAGUUCCAACAUCUUUUUAGAUGAAAAUUCAUUUCCAAAACUGGGUCAUUCUGGGCUUCGGUUCUGUCCGGAUAAACAGGCAGGUUACACGAAAGCAAAGAGCAAAGACCUGCAAGUCCACCAGCCGUAUCUGCCUGACAGUUUCUUUCGGCAUGGCCAGCUGACUGUACAAACGGAUAUCUUUUCUUGCGGUGUUGUUCUAGCUGAAAUACUGACAGGUCAGAAAGCUUGUGACAAAUCCAGGAAUCCUGUAUACUUGAAAGAUUUAUUUCUAGAAGAAUUGGAGAGAGCAAAAGAAUAUUUGGAUUCGGAUGGGAAACAGGCAGAUCACGAGUCUCCAGAGAGUCUUUGUUCACAUCAAAUUAGCCGUAAAUAUAUUGAUUCCAGAGCUGGGUUUCUGUCAAAUAACGCUGCCUUCCAACUGAGUCUCGCAGCCUGUUUAUGUCUAACAAAGAAAAGGCCUCUGUUACAAGAGAUUUACACAUGGGUGGAAAAAGCUGACCAGUGCUCCAGAGAUUCCCAGAAUCUGUCCUUAAAUGUCCCAGAGGAAAGUGAUUUUGAUGAUUCCUUAUCUCUUGAGCCUAUGGAAGGGGCCAUAUCCAAGAUGCCGUGUACUUCAACACAAGGGUCUUGGUCUAUGGAUGACCACAACCAAAGGAACCACUAUCCCAAAACAGAAAAUAGAGAUGUUGAUAGAACCCCAUGUGAAUCUGAUGACUCUACACUGUAUGUAUUGCCGACUCAGAGAAGCAGGCAUCUUGUUGGAGCAGCAUCAGCUAUAUGUGACCAUCAGCCCACUCAAUCAGACGCUUUGGAGCAGACUGAAGCUGUCCAUGGAAAUGUACAGUUCUCAUGGCAGAAAAGCAGAGAAUAUUCUGACCAGUCUGCAGAUAGUAGUUCACCAUCUUGGGGGAUAAUAGUGAAUAAAGAGAAAGAGAAGCUCCUGCAAAACUUCGACCUUUACCGGGAUAACAAGUUGGACAGUGGCUCCCUUUUUGAUUCCAUUUGAUAUUGGCCAAACAAACUGUCCAAGAAACUCCCAUAUCUGGACUUCACACCAAAUGCUACCUCUAUAUAAGAACCACUAAUAUCUCUGGCUUUUCCCUACACUCGGUGGAAAAUGAAAGCAACAGAAGGGAAACCCCAAACAGAAGAACUGAUCCAAGCUUCUAGAUAUUGCCUUUCACUAUGAAACACAUUUUAUAACAUCUAUUACACAAACUGACUUAGAGACUGCACUUUUUGAAUUUCUACAGUGCCAAAACCUGUUAUCAGUGUAAAUAAUUUCUAAGAAUAAAGGAAGUGUAAUUACAUAAUAAAGUUUUAUACAUGAA